UUAACUUCACAAAGCAUGCACUGCUAGCUCGUGACAUCCAAACGCACGUAGCGAGCGAAUAGACUGCACCGAUUGCUCGGCGCACUUCCGCUCGUUCUUUCCUUUGCUCAAACGUGUGCUUCCAUGCUCGCGUUUGUGGCUGGAUGCGUCCUCAAGGCGCUCACUGGCGGCGACUUUCGCGAGGACUUGGGCUGCAUGCUUAAAGCUCUGCCUGAGGCCCUCGGCGUCACGCCUCGCCUGCGCAAGACUGCUGGUAGCGAUGUCUGCUCGCCAUGCAUUCCUUGCAACGGCCAGCAGGUCGUUCGGCGUCCACUUUGGGACCCGCGCGCCACGUUGGCUGCCGCUGGACCCGUCCCCGUCUUCGAGGGCAAUAACUCGACCUGCAGCGUGACGGCGUCGGCCGAGUCGAUCGCUGUGGCAACCGGGAGCUCGGACAGCAACAACGAGUCGGACUGCACAACCGGUGGCGCCUUCCCCUCCGCCUCCCCCUCCAACCCUACCUCUGCCUCCACCUCCAAGGCCCUCGUGCCCGCUGGCCCCGUAGUUGCCCCCGCCUUCUGCCCGGCAAGCGAGGACACGCCCGCGGCCACCUGCUGCGGCGAGGUCAAGGCCGAGCCCUCAAGUGGCGGUGAUGACAACGACGACGAUGUCAGCAGCGACACGCAGGGGGAGGCGCGGCUGGUGGUGACGUUCGAGGACGGCUCCGUCCGUCGCUUCCCCAAGAGCGUCGUGAAGGCAUUUUACAAGCUGCCGCUGGACGCGUUCGAGGAGCGUCACGGCCUCCAGUGCUGGCGGUCCGAGGGCCAGAUCGGCCGCGGCGGCUACGGCCUCGUGCACGUGGGGUUUUUGCAGCUGCCCAAUGGCACCACACGGCCCGUCGCCGCCAAGCUGUUCAUGGGCGGACUCACCAAGGCCAAGGAGCAGCUGAACAGGGAGGUCGGCGCGGCGAUGCAGCUGCAGCAGGCCUGCGCCACCGCAUCCUCCUCCUCUUCCUCCUCGCCUGAGCAGUUGCCGCUGCUGGCGGCGGCUGAGCGGAGCCCGUUUGUGCGGCUGCUGUGCCACGGCGGCCGGCCCGGGCAGCUGCCCAUGAUGGUGAUGGAGCUGGCGAAGGGCUGCGUGGCUUCCGAACUGGAGGAUGCGACUGGCAAGCGCGACGAGAUCUGGGCUCAGAUGGAGGCCACCCAGCAGCAGCCGGCAGAUGCAAUCACUGCCAACGCCAACGUCGCCAGCAUGCCUGACAACGUUACCAGGGCGCGGCCGCCGCCGCCGCCGCCGGGCUCUGGCGUCCUUCCGGCCUCUCGCCCGCCGCCGCCGCCGCCCGGCUUCGACCCCCUGCCGGAGGCGAGCCCUCGCCCUCGCCCGCCGCCGCCGGGCUUUCACGCACUGCCGGCGGCCCCUCGCGCCCCGCUGCCGCCGCCUGGCUUCGCGCCGCUGGCCUCGCCGCCCCUGCCUGCGUCGGCGCCGGCUGCGGCUGCUGUUACUGCUGAAGACCCGCUGCUGCCGUCUGUGCGCAUGGCCCGUGCUCCGCCCGGCUUCCCAGUGCCUGGCACUGCCAGUGCUCCCCGCUGCCGCGACGUGUGGGAGGACGUGGCGCUGCUGCCGCUGCAGCAGGUGCUGGCCAUCCUGGUGUCGCUGGCGGCCGCGAUCAAGGCCAUGCACCGCGUGGGACUCGUGCACAACGACGUCAAGCCCGCGAACAUGCUCCACCGCGCCGACGACACCCACUGCCUGGCUGACUUUGGUCUGGCUGAGCGGCUGAGCCCCGCCGACCCCACUGGCACCUUCUGUUUCGAAAUCGCCUGCGGCACCCGCCACUACAUGGCACCCGAGGUACAGAGCAACGUGCCACUGACGGCCGCCGUGGACGUGUACUCGUUCGGCAUCACGGCCCUGUGCGUGGCGGUGACCGGCAGUAACAGCGCCGCGGCAGAUUGGUUUGCACGAGAGAGCUGGUGGCCGGCCGGCGACGCGCCGGCUGCUGCCCGUGCCUUCCCGGCCGGCGCCUUCCCCUCGUACCUGCCGCUGUCCCUUGAGCUGCUGUUGCUUGACUGCGUGGCGUGGGAGCCGCAGGAGCGGCCCACUGCGGAGCAGGUGGUGCAGCGGCUGGCCGCGAUCUGGGAGGAGGUCAUUGUGUGCGGCUUCUGAUGCCGAUACACGCUAGCAGGGCUUGGUAUGCAUGGUGACAUGCGUUUUCGCGCCCACUGUUUUGAGGGUAGAGAGAGGGCAGACCUGAAAUGGUUUUAUUGGCAGGGCCGCAGCGUAUGCUGCCAAGGAGAGUAGGGCUCGCUUGCGAGCUCAUUUACUAGCUAUCGAGCCGCGCCAAGCAGGCGUGUGGCCAGCACCGGUGUGUGCGUUUGCUUGUGCUUGCGGGCCGAGAGAGCCCAGGAGUGCUGCAGCUAGCUCCGAGUGCGUGGGCAGGACUGAAACAUGACCUACCGCUUAGGAUAGAGGAAGCGACCUAGGGCGUGGUUAUCCUUUCAUAGGGCGUACAUAUUCAUUAUACAUGCGCUGCAGAUAUUCAUACUGCUGCUGCGAGAGGAGGCACUCUGCGUGCCCUCGUGCGUGCGUGUCUCUCGACAUGGUUUGGAUCAGGCGAUGCCUGCCUAGCAUUGCUCUGUGACAACUCGUGCAUUGGCAUUCUCUUAUUCUGGUGUUUUAGGACGUUUAGGACUCCUUAGGCUUUAGUCUGCUAGUGUUUGGGCUGCUAGUGUUGGAUAAGGGCGGUGGGCGGUAGCACGCAGGUGAACACAACACACAACUGAUUAGGCGGGCAGAUGCCCGAUGUGGUGUCACUGCAUCAAACGUCUUUGGCUCAUUGGCUACCGUCUUGAUUUUAGAAUUGUUUUGACCUCCAUGUGUCAGACAAUAUUGUCUUGUUUACAGCGCUGGCUGCAUUGAUUCAGGCAGCUUGGCCGGAUGUACGGUAAUAAGAACUAGCGGCUAGGCGCUGUGACGGCGGGUAGCGAACGGCUCCAGAGCUGCAGAGCGGCUGACGGUGCGGCGGGGGCUGCAGCGUGUGCACAGAUAGUUAGGCCUCGUGACUAGGACUAGUAGGGAACUAGGGAUGUGGACGUGACUGGCACAAGGGAUGAAGGUGCACGGCCUGUGCAUUGCAGGCCACCCCUGGGUAAGGACACUGGAUAAGAGGACGAGACGGGGCAGGGCUGAAGCCUAGUGAGGCACACGCAUGGUUUGACACCAUAAGGAGCCUUCUUUCCUAACCUAGGCCGGUGGGGCCAUGGCUUCAUGCAUCAGCGUGCGAGGGCGUGCGCGCACGCAUUUGUAACAAUUAUGGGAG